UUUCUUGACCCGAUCCAUUUAUAUACCAUCCCCUUUCUCUCCGACGAUCUCUUUCUCCUUCUCUUUCAUUCUCCUACUUCUCAGUUUGGGGCUUUUCUCCGGUCUUCACGUGUUUGCUUCUCUUCUUAAAUUCUCGUUGGAAUAUUCGGUUUGUGCAGUACUUUGCUUGGAGCUCGGGAAGCUUCAAUUCUUUCGGGGAGGGCAGGAUGGAUUUCGUAUCGAAGUAUCAGGGUGUGGUGGGGCGCGUUUUUGGGAAUGAUAAUUCGACUUCGGAUGAUGACAGCUAUGUGGAGCGCUUGCUUGAUCGCAUUAGCAAUGGCACACUAGCUGACGACAGGAGGAAUGCCAUGACUGAACUUCAGUCUAUUGUGGCAGAAAGUCAUGCUGCACAAUUAGCUUUUGGUGCAAUGGGCUUUCCGGUACUGUUGAGUGUCUUAAAGGAGGAGCGCGAUGAUGUAGAAAUGUUACGGGGGGCUAUUGAAACUCUUGUAAGUGCUGUAAGUCCUACUCAGCAUCCAAAAUUAUCGAAGAAUGAGGUUCAGCCAGCUUUGAUGAACAGUGACCUACUUUCUAGGGAAGUAGAAAACAUCUCUCUUCUACUGUCUCUUCUGUCCGAGGAGGAUUUCUAUAUACGAUAUUAUACGUUGCAGUUGUUGACAGCACUUCUAACAAAGUCUCCAACUAGGCUGCAGGAAGCUAUUCUAACUAUUCCCCGUGGUAUAACAAGGCUUGUGGAUAUGCUCAUGGAUCGUGAGGUUAUACGCAAUGAGGCUUUGCUGCUUCUAACAUACUUGACUCGUGAAGCUGAGGAGAUUCAAAAGAUUCUGGUCUUUGAAGGCGCUUUUGAGAAGAUAUUUAGUAUCAUAAGUGAGGAGGGUGGUUCUGAAGGAGGUGUUGUAGUACAGGACUGUCUGGAACUGUUAAACAAUCUUCUUCGAAAUAACACCUCAAAUCAGGUAUUGCUUAGGGAGACAAUUGGCUUUGAUCCACUGGUACCAAUCUUGAAGCUCAGAGGAACCACGUAUAAGUUCACACAGCAAAAGACUAUCAAUCUACUCAGUGUAUUGGAUACGAUAACUUUGUUGGUAAAUGCUGAUCUACAAACUGAUCCUGGAAGAGACUCCAACGGGUUGACAAAUAGGACUGUCUUGGUGCAGAAAAAAGUGUUGGACCAUCUUUUGAUGCUUGGCGUAGAGAGUCAAUGGGCUCCUGUUUCUCUUCGUUGUAUGGCACUCAGAUGCAUUGCAGAUCUGGUGAUUAAUCAUGCAAAAAAUCGUGAUGCCCUUGCAAGUAAAUUACUUGGAGAGGAGCCACAAGUUGAGCCCGCAUUAAAUUCUAUCCUCAGAAUUAUCUUGCGUGCUUCUAGCACACAAGAGUUCGUUGCAGCUGACUAUGUUCUUAAGAACUUCUGUGAGAAAAAUCCUGAUGGCCAAUCAAUGCUUGUUUCAAGCUUACAUCCUCAAUCAAGCUCAACAGUUCGUUCUCCCUUUGAGGAGGAUGUUAAUGCAUCAUUCGGGAGCAUGCUACUGAAUGGCCUGACGUCGAGUGAAAGUGAUGAUGACCUUGAGAUUUGCUGCAGAGCUGCAAGUGUCCUAUCUCAUCUUUUGAAAGAUAAUAUCCAGUGCAAGGAGACGGUUCUUCAAGUUGAACUUGAAGCUCCUACGCGAUCAUUGGGAUGUGCAGAGCCUUUGAUGCACCGUUUGGUAAAGUACCUGGCACUUGCGUCGUCCAAGAAAAGUGAAGAUGGAAAAGCUAGCACAUUUGGAUCUGUGUAUAGUCAUCCAGUUAUCUUGAAAUUGCUAAUUAUUUGGCUGUUUGACUGUCCACCUGCUGUUGAUUGCUUCCUCGAUUCACAUCCCCAUCUAACAUAUCUGCUGGAGUUAAUGUCCGAUCAAACUGCGACUGUAUGUGUAAGGGGAUUGGCUGCUGUACUCUUAGGAGUGUGUAUAUCAUACAAUAAAACGAUUGACAAUGGAAAGAAUGCUUUUAGCAUUGUAGAUGCCGUAAGUCAGAAAAUCGGUCUCACAUCAUACUUUUCCAAGUUCAAUGAAAUGCAGAACAGCUCGCUUUUCACUUCUGCAAAACCAUCUCUGACUCGCAAGCCAUUGAGUAGGUCAAAUGCUGCUAGCAUGUCUGAGAUUGAGAAUGUUGAAGAAGAUGACAGCAUUGAUCCUAACAGUGAUGACUAUUCGAUGCUUUCAAUGGUCUUUGAUUCACAGUUUGUUGACUUUGUGAAGAGAUUAGAUGCUAAGAUCAGAGAGCAAAUUGUGGAAAUAUAUAGUCACCCAAAGACCCAAGUUGCUGUGGUACCCGCAGAACUUGAACAGAAAUCUGGGGAAAUUGACGAGGAGUAUAUCCAACGUCUAAAAAGAUUUGUGGAGAAGCAAUGCCUUGAAAUACAGGAACUUUUGAGUCGGAAUGCUACUCUGGCUGAGGACCUGGCAAGAGUAGGGGGGAGUGAACCGUCCCAGCUUGAACGUAAAGUUAGUGCUGGCUCAGAAAGAGUUCAAGUUGAAACUCUGCGUCGUGAUCUUCAUGAGACUUCCCAACGAUUUGAAGCCCUCAAAGCAGAGAAAAGCAGAAUUGAAGCUGAAGCAUCAAUGCACCAAAGUGCCGCGAGUAAAAUGGAAUCUGAUCUAAAAAGUUUGUCUGCCGCAUAUAAUAGCCUUGAAGAGGUUAAUUUUCAACUAGAACGUGAAGUCAAAGCAUUGAAGAGUGGUGGAUCAGUCCUCGCCUCUGCUGACGUCGAGGCAAUAAAAGCUGAAGCAAGGGAAGAAGCCCAAAGGGAGAGUGAAGCUGAAUUGAAUGACUUGCUGGUCUGCCUUGGGCAAGAACAGAGCAAGGUGGAGAAGCUUAGCGCGAGGCUGUCGGAGUUGGGGGUUGAUGCCGCUACAUUGCUGGACGGCAUCGGAGAAGAUAUGGGACUUGAUGGAGACGAUGAUGACGACGAGGAGGAUGAAGAAGACUGAUUCUCAAAUUAUUAAUCUUUCUUUUAUUUGUACAUGAACAUGAUGUGGUAACUGUACAGUGUUGUAAUAAUUUAUCAUUUGGAAAUUUAUCGAAUGUGUUUAUGUUUU